AUGGGAAGUAUGGACUCGAUUAGGAAAGUUCUCAUGAUCGAUUUCAGUGACUCUUACCUGGAAAAAAUAAAAGAGAUAAUUAAAGAAUGUCAAGCUAACCCAGCUACCAGUGCUUCUGAAGAAUGGUUAAAAACUGAAGACCUUGCAACUGCAGAUCAAUAUGGAAGCCAUAUUUUAUGUCGGUUAACAAAGGCGGGGAGCAUGAAACAAAACGGAGAUAUUGAUAAGGAAAAAAUGCAAAAAGAUCUUUUGGAGGGUAUAGAUGAUCCAAAGAUAGUAGACUCAAUUGUUCAAGAAUGUGAAGAUCGCGUUCCCUUUACGUCACCAGAACAGAGUGCUAUUGAAAAUUUUAAAUGUGUGAAGUCAGAAUUCGAGAAUUAUUAA